UUAAGUUAGAGAUUUUAGUUCCUAUACGUGUCACUAGAUGGCGGUGUCGUCACCGUUCUACAUCGCGGUAUGGUUUGGUUUCACCAUCCAGCCUAUAUUCUUUGAGUCAUCAAUAAAAUGUAUGCGAACCCAAAAAUUGUGUUUAAAUUAUCUAUUGGUCCUUCGAACCGGAUUGUAAAUAAAGUCAGUGAAAGUGCAAGUGCAGUGCUACGUUGGUAAAUAUUUUUGACAAGUCUUCUCUCGCGCGAGGCGGUGAGUACGGAAAAAGACUUGUAAAAUUUUCAGAAAUUUACUCUUUGGACUUAGAACAAUUAUAAAAAAAAAAAAAAAAAACUAUGGCAGAUAUUAUCAAGGCUCAAAUUGAUCUUGCAAAACGCAUCGAAAAGUUAAAUGUAAAUACAAAGAAAUGUGCUAAAAGUAAGAUUACGAAAGGUUAUUUAGAGACACGUUCAGAAACAUUGGACAAGUAUUGGUCGGAUUAUACUUCACAACAUGAUCACAUAGUACGUACGAUGUCAGAAGAUGUAUUGAGGCGAUCAGAUUUUCAACCAGAUGAGAACUAUGACAAAACUGAGGAACUGUACAUGGAGUUGAAAACAUUAAUAAAAGAUGCCCAGUUUACUAUACAAAAAUCUGAAAGUCAGUCUUCACAGGAGAACACAGGUACUACUGAAAAAUCUGAAACACCAAAGAUAAGACCAAGACUACCACCAAUAUCGAUACCUACAUUUUCUGGAGACUAUGGUCAAUGGAUAAGUUUCAAAGACAUUUUCACAUCCUUGAUACAUAACGAUCAAAGCCUAUCUAAAGUUGAGAAACAUCAUUACCUUAAAUCUGCAUUGUCUGGUGAAGCUGAAAACUUGCUGAAACAUUUUGCAUUAACUGAAGCUAACUAUGAUGAAGCCUGGAAGAUGCUGGAAGCGAGGUACGAUAACAAAAGGGUAAUUGUAAAUAAUAUAUUAAAUCGCCUCAUGAACCAGAAGAAACUACAAGCUGAGUCUGCCACAGGUUUGAAAGAAUUAUUGGACACAACUAAAGAAAGUUUGAAUUCCCUGAACAAUUUGAAAAUAGAGACGGAUAAGUGGGAUGCCAUCGUCGUACACACAAUUGUUUCCAAGUUAGACACAGAAUCUCACAAACUUUGGGAACAAUCAUUGGGUUCAUCCACCGAAAUACCAUCAUUUGAUGAGUUGGCAACAUUUAUGGAAGGAAGGUUCAGAACCUUAGAAAUGCUUUUGUUAUCUACACAAGAAACACAAAGAAACUGUACAUAUAAAAGGGAAUUUCAAAAAUGCACACCAUCAUCAUCAUCACCAGCACAAAAACCAACUGUAUAUAAAUCAUUCGCUGCAGAAACAGAAAGCACUUGUACAUACUGCUCACAAAACCACUACAUUUGUCAUUGCAAGGAGUUCGCAUCACUCGAGAUACAAGCAAGACAAACAUUCACAAAAAAUAACAACCUAUGUUUCAACUGUUUGACAAAAGGUCACUCAGUCAGUAAUUGCAGACAGAGCACAUCAUGUAAAAAGUGUGGAAGACGACAUCACACUCUGCUGCAUUACACGAGUCCAAACAAGAACCUCACAACAAACCUAACCACAACACCCGAGACCACCACAGCUAAGGAGAAUGACCCACAAUGCACAGUGUCGAUGAAAGCCGUAACGAAAAGUGAACAAACGAUCUUGGCCACAGCGCAUAUUCCUGUUCAAGCGAAAAACGGCAACACAAUCAUUCUUCGAGCCCUCAUAGACCAAGGUUCUCAGGCGUCUUUCGUGACUGAAGAAGCAGCACAACUACUGAAACUCGAUCGCACUUCAGUCGUCGGAAAUGUCACAGGUAUAGCAAGUAAUUCUGUACCCAUAAAAUCGAUGAUCACACUGAAAAUAGACACGCUGACAGUAAACGCUUACAUAUUAAAGAAACUCACAUCAAUCUUACCUUCACGAGAAUUCACAACCGACUGGCCUUCAUCUAAGAACUUCAAACUCGCAGAUCCACAAUUCCACAAGCCAGGUCCGAUUGAUGUUUUACUAGGAGCUGAAGUACAUGCACAGAUUCUGCUAGAAGGUAUAGAGAGACAUGAAUCGCUGAUAGCUGUCAACUCAAAACUGGGAUGGUUGAUAUCAGGAAAGGUAUCACAACCAGGGAAACACAACUUUGUUAAUGCACACUCAUUCAAAGUAACCACUGAUCACCUGCUAAGACAAUUCUGGGAGAUAGAAGAAUAUUCACCGAAGCAAAAACCCCUGACCAAAUUAGAGGUGCAGUGUGAAGAACAUUACAGAAGUACAUACACAAGAACAGAUACUGGUAGAUACGUAUUGAGAUUGCCAUUCAAAGAUGAAAAACCUACUAACCUCGGAGAUUCCAGAUCUCUUGCACUCAAUCGCUUACAUCAAAUGGAACGACGUUUCGCUCACAAACCUGAAUUGAAAGAAGAAUACUGUAAAUUUAUGAGGCAGUAUGAGUCACUAGGGCAUAUGGAGAUUGUCACUGAAGAAGACGAAGACACAGACGAUGUUAAGUUGAUACCUGAAAAAAAAAAGAACACAAUUAGAUUAGCAUCUGAAAAGGAGAAAGAAACACAAAGUAAAUAUUACUUACCACAUCACGCAGUUCCAAGACCUAUGAGCCUUAGCACGAAACUCCGAGUAGUUUUCGAUGCAACUGCUAAACCUGCAAAAGGAAAUUCAUUAAAUGAUGAAUUGAUGAUUGGUCCUCCACUUCAACAAGAUAUUAGAGAUUUAAUAACAAGAUGGAGAAAACACAAAUAUUGCCUGAUCUCUGAUAUACAAAAAAUGUACAGACAGAUUCUUAUUUCAAAGGAUGAUGUAGACUACCAAAGAAUCCUAUGGCGUGAAACAACUAAUGAACCGAUACGAGAAUACAGACUACUGACGAUAACUUAUGGCACCUCCAGUGCACCUUUCAUGGCCAUAAGAACGUUACAUCAACUGGCAGACGACGAACGCGCAGACUUCCCAGAUGUCGCUGAUGUCCUGAAAACAGAUUUUUACAUGGAUGACUUGAUGACCGGCGCAUCUACGGAAGAUGAAGCUGUAAGAAUGAGACAGCGCAUAACAGAGUUGUUAGAGCGCGGCGGUUUACCUCUACACAAGUGGUCGUCUAAUAGUGCAAAAGUGUUGAGUGAAAUACCUGAUUCUAUGCAGGGUUCUGAAAGUGCAGUGAACAUUAAAAUCGAUGAUGUAGUGAAAGCAUUAGGUAUAAAGUGGAACCCUCAAAGUGACAUGUUCGAAUUAACGAUUACUCUGGACUUUAAGACUGAUAAUGUUACAAAACGCAAUGUACUGUCUGCAAUUGGAAAAACCUUCGACCCCUUAGGUUGGCUCGCUCCCUCUGUCAUUCUUCUGAAAAUUUUCAUGCAAAAAUUGUGGCUAGCUGGCUUAGGUUGGGACGAAGAUUUAACUGAUGAACUAAAGUGUGAAUGGUUUACUUACCUUAGUAAUUUUGUAAACUCACAACCCAUUCUGCUUCCUCGUUGGCAUGGAACUGUAGACACAACUGCAAAAAUUGAACUACACGGCUUUAGUGACGCAUCUAAUGCAGCAUAUGGAUGUGUUAUUUACUUACGAGUGUGGGAUGGUAAUGAAGUAAGAGUAAGCUUUGUCACUGCAAAGGCUAAACCUGCGCCUGUAAAACAAGUUUCAUUACCACGCCUAGAACUAUGUGGUGCUGUAUUACUUGCUAGGAUGAUACAACAAUUUAAAACAAGCCUAAAUGUAUCUGAUGAUAAUAUUUUUGCAUGGACAGACUCAACCAUAGUUUUGGCCUGGUUACGUAAGACUCCGAGUACAUGGACAACUUUUGUCGCAAAUCGCACGUCCGAAAUAUUGAUGACCACAAAUAGUAGCCAAUGGCAUCAUGUCAGAUCGGCGGACAAUCCUGCUGACUUAGCCUCUCGCGGUGUAAUGCCAAAUGAUCUCGCGGAGUCAAAACUAUGGUGGGAAGGCCCACAAUUUUUGAGAAACUGUGAAGAUGUAUGUAUAGAAACUGAUAUACCUGAAACAAAUUUAGAAUCUAAGACGAAAGUAAUUGCCCAUGUAUGUACAGAAGAAGACGAUAAAAAUGUAAACUCUCACUUGACAAAAUACUCAAGUUUACUGAAACUGAUUCGUGUCACAGCCUUUUGUCUGAGAUUUGUAAAUAAUUGUAAAGCUAAGAUAGAAAAGAAACAAAAACUAGUUACUUACCUGACUACAACUGAACUGAAUUACGCUGUAAAUACUUGUGUAAAAAUGUCGCAAUCUGUACAGUUCAAGAAUGAAAUUGAGUUAUUGUCACAAGGAAAAACUGUUCCUAAAACAAGUAAAUUGUACACAUUGAACCCAUAUUUGGAUAGCAACAAUGUACUGAGAGUUGGAGGUCGGCUUGUAAAUGCUCCUAUUUCAAAUGAUAUGAAGUCACCGAUCUUACUAAGUAAUAAAUGUUAUCUGAGUGAACUGAUUGUUUCUGAUGCACAUCACAAGACAUUACACGGCGGUCACCAACUCACAUUUAAUUAUGUUCGGCAUAAAUACUGGAUAAUUCGUGGUAAAGAUGUUGUAAAAAGAAUUGUAAGAAAAUGUAUAAUAUGUUUUAAACAACGAGCACAACCAACUGCCCCUUUCAUGGGUAAUUUACCGAAGCAUAGAGUUACACCAGCUCUUCCCUUCCUCACAUCCGGUGUUGACUAUGCUGGCCCGUUUUUGUUGAAAAUGUACCCAGGUAGAUGUAAUAGGACUUACAAGGCUUACAUAGCUCUAUUUGUGUGUACCGUCACAAAAGCCAUUCACUUGGAGUUAGUGAGUGACUUAACUUCCGCUGCUUACUUAGCCGCAUUCAGGCGGUUCACAUCACGUCGUGGACACUGUCAGGAUCUAUGGAGCGACUGUGGUACCAAUUUUGUCGGUGCCUCCCGAGAAUUAGAUUUGGCUUUUAAGAGUCUGAAAUCCACUGUCGUCUCAGAAAUUGCUGAACUUCUGGCAAAUGAUCAAACAACCUGGCAUUUUAACCCACCAGGUGCCCCACAUUUUGGCGGACUUUGGGAAUCCGGUGUAAAGUCCAUAAAAGGACACCUUAAACGUGUAAUCGGACAGACUUUACUCACGUACGAACAAUUUUCAACCUUCCUUGCGCAAGUUGAGGCUUGUGUGAAUUCGAGACCUCUCACUGUAAUGGAUUCAUCUGCUGAUGAACCUCCGUUAACUCCCGGUCAUUUUCUCAUUGGAGAACCUCCUAUUGUAGUACCAGGAAAAAGCUUAGUCGAUACUAACGUCUCUCACCUUAAUCGCUGGCACACAGUGCAACGAUUUGUUCAAACCCUUUGGCGUCGCUGGCAAUCAGAGUACUUAACAAAUAUGCAGCAUCGCUAUAAAUGCUCCAAAAAUCAACCUGAUAUACCGAUAGGAACCGUUGUAUUGGUAAAGGACGAUCGACUACCCCCUGGUAAAUGGCUUCUAGGUCGGGUGAUUGAAAAACAUCCAGGUGCAGAUGGCAUAACUAGAGUUGUUACGCUACAAUAUAAAAAUAAUGUGUUUAAAAGACCUGUAACAAAAUUAUGCCCUCUUCCCUUGACCUGAAUGUUUUUAUUAGUUUUAGUAUUAGUUUUAAGCACUUACUUAAUUAGAAAAGCUAGAUUGUUUUUGUUAAAAAUUGUAAACUCACAUAUUUUAUUGUUGUUGAAUAAGGUUACCUACUACCUACUGUAUUGUUGUUAUAUGAUCUCAAUUCAUUUAUUCGUCAGAUAGGUAGCUCAAAGUUUUGAUUUGUUUAACCUUGUUUAUUUACACAUUUUGAAGAACGUAACCGUUCUUGGGCGGCGGCAUGUUUAAGUUAGAGAUUUUAGUUCCUAUACGUGUCACUAGAUGGCGGUGUCGUCACCGUUCUACAUCGCGGUAUGGUUUGGUUUCACCAUCCAGCCUAUAUUCUUUGAGUCAUCAAUAAAAUGUAUGCGAACCCAAAAAUUGUGUUUAAA